AUGGCGAACAUGGCGAAUCUGGCGAAAAAUCGCCAAAGGGCUGGUGAAAAUUUUAAUGAGAUUACAAGAGGCGCUCCUUGCAAAGAAGAAAAGUUAACAAAGAUGGGGAAUCUUACAAAAAUGGUAAAUUUGGUCUAAAUAGAAAAUCUGGCAAAAAUUUUCCAUGGGUUUGGUAAAUAUUCAAAUUGGAUACCAAAAGUGAUCCUUGGAGAGUGGCGAUUUUGACGAAAAUGGCAAAUAUAGCGAAAAUUCGUCAAAGCCCUAACUUAAGUCAAAUAAGAUGGCAAAGGGGCCCCUUAGAAAGUAGCAAAUUGGUCGCCGUAUAGUGUGAACAUAGCCUAACAAUUGAUGUUGUUGUCCGAUUGACACGUGUCAAUGUCUUCCAUUUGGAAAAGUAUACCUUGUAUUAAUUAUGCAAUAGUUUUGAGCGGCACAUCGUGGAGUGCUUUCAUUUUACUUUGUUGAGCAAAAAUACAAGAAAAAAACUCGAGUCGCCUGUUGCCUCGUACCUAGGCGCUUCUUGGGAUUUUCGACGGUAGUCUCGACGGAAAGAUGAUGGAAAAGCUUCAAAAACGCAAAGGCACAAGGGGAAACAAAGUCAAGCGUUUGAGGAAAGACGAAUGCCGCAAGUGGUUGGGUACUAUCAUCAGACUGACCGGCAUUUCGGGGAACGCAUUAUCUUACUCGUUGGAAUGCGAUCGUGAAGUCCUGAAUGAGAUGGCGUUAGCCGACGUCUUAUGUUUCUUUGGAUGA